UAGCAUGCGCACGCGCCAAGGAGGUGGAGCAAAGGGUGGCUCUUGAAGCUCCGCCCACCCCACAAGACUGAGUAGUGUUGGUCUCUGGACCCUAGUUGUUUUGCUGCCCAGGCAGUUGACUACAUCCCAGAUGGCGUCGGAUUCCGGGGACGGUGGGACCAUGUGCGCGCUGGAGUUUGCAGUGCAGAUGACCUGUCAGAGCUGUGUGGACGCGGUGCACAAGACCCUGCAAGGGGUGACAGGUGUCCAGAGUGUGGAGGUGCAAUUGGAGAACCAAAUGGUGUUGGUGCAGACCACUCUUCCCAGCCAGGAGGUGCAAGCACUCCUGGAAAGCACAGGGAGACAGGCUGUACUCAAGGGCAUGGGCAGCAGCCAGUUACAGAACCUAGGAGCAGCAGUAGCCAUUCUGGAGGGCCGUAAUGCCAUACAGGGCGUGGUCCGCUUCCUACAGCUGACCUCUGAGCUCUGCCUGAUUGAGGGAACCAUUGAUGGCCUGGAGCCUGGGCUGCAUGGAUUCCAUGUCCAUCAGUAUGGGGAUCUCACAAAGGAUUGUAAUAGCUGUGGGGACCAUUUUAACCCUGAUGGAGCAUCUCAUGGGGGCCCUCAGGACACUGAUCGGCACCGGGGAGAUCUGGGCAACAUCCUGGCUGAGGCUGACGGCCGAUCCACCUUCCGGAUAGAGGAUAAACACCUGAAGGUGUGGGAUGUGAUUGGUCGCAGCGUGGUUAUUGAUGAAGGAGAAGAUGACCUGGGCCGGGGAAACCAUCCCUUAUCCAAGAUCACAGGGAACUCUGGCAAGAGGUUGGCCUGUGGCAUCAUCGCACGCUCUGCUGGCCUUUUCCAGAACCCCAAGCAGAUCUGUUCCUGUGAUGGCCUCACUAUCUGGGAGGAGCGAGGCAGGCCCAUUGCUGGUGAAGGCCGAAAAGACUCCUCACCCCAGCCCCCUGCUCACCUCUGAUCAGGGCCUCAUCUCAGUAUCAGAAAAAAAAGCCAGGCCAAAAAGCCAGAGGAAUGAGGCAGAUGCCUAGAGAAAGCCCGAGAGCUGCUGGAGAAUCUGGCCACCCUGCAAUCCCCAAAUCGGGUCAUGGUAUGACCAGCUGCCUCCUGUCCUGGGAUUCGAGGUAUGCCUUUGUCCCCUGCAAUGCAUGUCCCUUCCCCUUUGAACACUUAACCUCUUGAGUUGUUUUCUUUACUCUUUUUGUGUGUAUGUGUAUGUGUAUGUGGUAUGCAUGGCUGUGUGCAUGCAUGUGGAGAGGAGAAGUUGACAUCCUGUUGGUGUUCUGUUUUGCAUGGGCCCAUGGAAGAAUUAGGGUCACUCCAAGAUGAAUUUUGGUUUAGCAGAGCAGCAGAGGAGCCGGCUUCUGGUGAACUGACUACCCAUUGCUUCACAAAAACCUUCUUUUAUUGUUACACACUUUACACCUCUUAGCAAGACAAUUUCCAAAUACCAAAACCUCUUAUCUGAAGUUAUUUGAAGGAACCAUUUGCCCAAGCAAUUUUUAGCUAUGAGACAUCUUGGUUUUCUAAGUCAUCUCAUAACUAAGUUUUGCAAAGGCUCUGAAUCCUUCAGGAAGAACUCAGAUAAUAAUCAAACACUUCGAACAAAGGUAACAAUCACAAAAGACAAUUACAAAAGGCAGUUCAAAGCCUAGGUGCUAACAUUCUGGAAUUCAAGCCAGAUGCAAUGCUCUUUGAGAUCUCUUGCUACAACAUCCAUUGUCUUCCAUAGUUAUUCAGAGUUUGCUUAUUUGGCUAUGCCAAUUUGCUCCACAAACCUCCUCUCUCCAUCUCCUGAGCAUUUAUAUGGAUCCUGGGGAUCCGAACCCAGGUCUUCAAGUUUGUGUGGCACAAUAUUUACGUAUUUUUACUUGUGUAUUUUAUGUAUAUGAGUGCUCUGUAUGCAUGUAUGUCUGUACAGCAGAAGAGAGCAUUAGAUUACAUUAUAGAUGGUUGUGAGCCACCAUGUGGUUGCUGGGAAUUGAACUCAGGACCUCUGGAAGAGCAGCCAGUGUUCUUAACUGCUGAGCCAUCUCUCCAGCCCCCAUUUUUACUCUCAGUUAAUCUAAUAUUUUUUUUCAUGAACCUUAUGCCUUUUUUAUUUGGUUAUAAAGAGGAUCAUGCAUAAAUGUCUGGUUAUAAUAUUUUUAUACAUAAUAUAUAUUGUGUAUCAUAAUUACAUAUUACAAUAUACUAUGCAUUAUUGCAUGUGGCUAUUUUUAUUACUGUGUUCAUACACUUGUGACAAGGCAGGCAUGUGGAGGUCAGAGGACAACUUUGUGGAGUUGGUUCUUUCCUGUCUUUAUGUAAUUCUAACUCAAUUUGCCAGAUUCUCAUGGCAAGUGCCUUUACCCACUGAGCCAUAUCAUUGGCCCUUUUACACACUAUCUUAUAGAUCAUUUUUUGUAUUAUACAUAUUAGUUAGAUUACUAAAAUAUAUUUCUAUUUCUCCCAGAAUAUAUUGUUUGUUUUGGGAUAGAAUCUCUCUAUAUAGCCCUGGAUGUUCUGGAGCUCACUAUGUAGACCAGGCUGGCCUCAAACUCAGAGGGAUUCACCUGCCUUUGCCUCCCAAAUGCUAGGAUUAAGGAAUGUGCCACAAUGCCCGGCUCUCCUAAACUUUUAAUUUUUUUUUUUUUUGGUUGUUGUUUUUUGGUUUUUUGAGACAGCCCUAGCCAUCCUUUGUAGACCUGGCUAGCCUCGUACUCUUAUAAUCUAGGUUACUCCCUCUAUAGCUAAGGAUGACCUUAAACUCUUGAUCCUCCUGCCUUCUCCUCCCAAAUGCUAAAAUGACCAUGCCCUGCUUUCUGCCUAAUUAAGAAAUAAUGCAUGGCACAGAACCUGAGAUGUACAGGUUAAGGAAGCUGUGGCUAUGAGCCUGAGACUCCAUGGAGUACUUGAGGGAAUCCCAAUGAAGGUCUCUUCUUGGCAGAUGGCUGCUAACUGGGAAAUGGCUGUGGGUCCUAGAUUCAGGCUCCCUACUAUCUAUUCUGUCCCCAAUAGCAUUCUGUGGGCCACAUCAGGCUUGCUCAUCCUGACAAAGCUGUUUUCAUGAUUGGGUGAGCUGACAAAGACCACAAACUUUGUCCCCUCUGCCACCUGCUUAGAACCGGGCAGUGGUUUUUAUAGCUGGCCUUGACUUUGUGCCUCCUGGCUCCACUCCCAAUUCCCAGGCCUUACCUCUUUCCUGCUUCAAGGUUACUGCAGUGGCAGGCCUUGGACCCUGUUCCUUCUGGCUGUUCUGCUGGUUUUAUUUCUCCCCUUGGGUCCAGGGCACCAAUCUUUUGAAGCUUGGGGCCUAGGACCCCUUUCCCUACUUCCUGGUCACUUGCAUGCACUCUUGUGUGUGGGACUCUUGGAGGUAAAGUGAGUCACUAAAUGUAGCUGAAAAACACAUUUCAUUUACAUUAAUGAUUAAUUUAAAGUAUUCACAUGGUUUGGAUUCUGGGCCCUCAUAGAUUAUCAAAAUUCAUGAAUGCUCUGCUUUUGUUUGGAGGAAUUUGGGUGUUGGUACUUUGGGUUAUAAAAGCAGUGGAAUGCUUUAAGCACUGCUUGAUGGGCCAUACUAGUAGGGGCAUAAAAGACAGUGAUGCUAAGAGUUAUUUAAACUGUGGGGGAGCUGCCUCAAGAUGUUUCAGAGGAGAAGAAUUUUAGUAUGUUGCCUAGAAAUCGUUCUUGUGAUGGUUUGGUGAAGAAUGUGGCUGCUCUUUGCCCUUGUCCAAAAAGGCUGCCCAAGUCUAAAGUGAAGAGCUUUGGAAUAAUUCCCUUGGUAGCGGAUACCUCAAACCAGCCUAGUAUUGACUCUGUUGUGUGGUUACUAGCCUUAACUCUAAUGAAGGCAUAUAGUGAAAAAGAGCGAGCUGAGCAAGGAAAAAUAUUUGAAGAAAAAAGGAGCACCAGGAAGUGGAAUGGAGCUAAAUCCUGUGUUCAAGAAGAUAAACAGAUUAAGAAAUGGAAUAAAGGGACUGGUGACCUCAGGGCAAGAUCCCACCCAGCUAAGUUUCCAACUUGUGAAAAGGAAUUAAAGAAAAUCUUAGAGCUGAGUGUGAUGGUACACACCAUUAAUCCCAGCACUUGGAAGGCUGAGGCUGAAAGAUCUCUGAGUUUGAGGCCAGCCUGGUCUACAGAGCAAGUUCAAGGACAGCCAAGCUUAGACAGUGAAGGAAAACAGAAAGCUGGUGAAGAUAUAAUUGAACAAGGGGACCAGGUUCCAGCCCCAGCAAGCAGCAGAACUUGGCAGCUUCAGCUACGUGGUUCUGGAGUUAAGGAUAGAAAAAAUGGAAUAUGGAAUUUGCCUCUGCAUGUAAGGAAAACCAUUGAGGCCAGGCAUGUAUCUGGGGUGUCCCUGAAUGGAGGCCUAGAGAGGCCAUUGCAUGAAGCUGUAAAGUUGAAGCCUGGAUUGCCUUGGAAACUCCAAGAUGUUGGAGAUGCCAGAGCCGUGGGAUAUCUGCUGAGUAGAGCUGCUAACAGGGAGUGGAACCAGCCCAAGAGAAAGAAGUGUGUUGCAGUCAACAAAGCUGAAUGGAGUUGGAGUUCUGAAGAACACUUUGACAUCAGACAUGGAGAUGCAGAGUUUAGAAUUUGCCCAGCUAGUUUUCAGUCUUGCUUUGGUCCAGUAUUUCCUCACUAUGCUCCCUUCCCUAUCUUUUGGAAUGGUAAUGUAUAUCCUGUGCCAUUAUAUGUUGGAAGUGUGUGAUCUUUUUUAUUUCAAUUUUAUGUUGGAAGGCCUUGCUGGUCUAUCAUGGCCUGGCAGCUUUUUCCAAAGCUCAAUGAUAUGGGGACUCCCCACCCCCGACCCUGCCUCCAAGAGACUUCCUGCUCUCUACCUGUCCUUAUCUGGAGAAUGUCUCUGGGCCCAGAGGACUGACGUUAUCUGAAAGCUGUCUCUAAGCCUGGAUGACUGAUUUAUCUCUAGGGUGACCCUUGACACAGUGUCCUGCUGGAAACCUUUUUCCUGCUGCACAUGUGGUAACUAAGACUUGUACUAGGAGCUCUGCUAUAGGAUCCUGCAGCUACAUACAAAGCCUUAUGACAGAGCAUGCCACUUAAUGCAAAUUAGGGUUUGUUCCCAGGCUUCCUAACCCUAUAUAUUCCUUAGACUCUGGAAUAAAGUUGAGCUGCUUCAACAAAGUCAUCUCCCAGAGGGCUGUCUCUGUCAUACCCACAGCUGCCUGAACCCUGUUCCCUGCUUCUGCUUCUUCCUUUCUCAUGGAAUAAUGUACCAACGAUUCUGAAGAAGAGGCAGAGCCACAAUUCUACAGGGGAUUGUAGUUAAGAGAUUGCAUGAAUCUCAGAAGAGACUUUGAACUUUAGACUUUUAAAUAAGUUUGAGACUGUUAAAGAUUAUGGGGACUUUUGAAGUUGGACUGAAUGCAUUUUUUGCAUUAUAAUAUGGUUACAAGCCUUUGGGGGCCAGAAAGUGGAAUGUGGUGGUUUGAAAGAAAAUAGCCCCCAAAGGGAGUGGCACUAUUAGGAGGUGUAGCUUUUUUGGAGUAGGUGUGGUUUUGUUGGAGGAAGAGUGUCACUGUGGAGGUAGGCUUUGAGGUCUCAUAUAUGCUCAAACCAGUAAGACAGACCAUUUCCUGUUGUCUGCAAGUCAAGAUGUAAGCCACUCGGCUACUUCUCCAGAACCAUGUCUGCCUGAAUGCCACCAUGUUGCACCAUGAUGAUAAUGGACUAAAUCUGAAAAUGUAAGCCACCCCAAUUAAAUGUUUUUUCUUUGUAAAAAAAAAAAAAAAAGAAAUUAAUGGGAAAUAAAUUACAAUGAAACGUUAAAAAAAAUUCAUGAAUGUUCAAGUGCCAUAAAAUGGUAAGGUAUUUGCAAUGAACCUAUGCAUGCUCUUCCUCCCAAAUACUUUCUUUGACAGAAUCUCACUGUGUAGCUCACUGUGUAGCCCUCUACUUGCUGCUAUGUAGACCAGGCUGGACUCAAACUCACAGAGAUCCACUUGCCCCUGUCUCCUGAGUGCUGAGAUUAAAGACAUGUGCCACCAGGCUUGGCUCUCCCAUAUACUUUAACAGAUUUGAAAAAAUGUGUUUGCCUGUGUGCCACAUGCAUACCUGGUGUCUGUGGAGGCGAGAAGAGAUCAUUUGACCUCUGGAACUGGAGUUACAGAGGGUUGUGAAAAACCAUACGGGUACUAGGAACUAAAUAUGGAUUCCCUGUAAGGGCAACUUAACCUCUGAGCUAUUUCUGUAGCACCUCUCCAAUAUGCCUUAAUUCAUCUUAAUUUUUUUCCAUGAGGCCCCUUGUAUAAAGGUACAUAAAAUAAGUAUUCAAAUUAAGCACUACUGAUAAUGAAUUAUAAAUAAAUUUAUUUUAAAACAA